ACCAAAAGAACUGGUUCUUGACAAGGUAUGUCAUUGAAAUUGUUGCCACAGGGUGUUUAUGUAGUUUCAGAAAACAUCAGGAUGAACUGAUAGAAUAACAAUAUGUUGGGGUGUAUUAAAUACAGAAACCUUUGUGUUAGGCUAUUCUGCAAGUGCAUGGAGGCAAAGAAGACAUUCAGGAACUGUGCUACAUACUGCCUUUGCUUUUAAACUCUUUUUCCCAAGAAAUCAAUUUUUUUGGCUGAUGUGGAGGUGAACGUUUAGUCUGAGCUAGUAUCACAUUUUAUAGGAGGAGCUAGAAAAGUGCACAUGAAGAGGUGUCAUAGGUUACGAUAAUAAAGGGCCUUGAGCAGCAGGAAUCCUGAUUCAAAAGCACACAAAAGCUCUGAAAAAUCAGAGAAAGUGGAGAUUCAGGUUGUUCUUAAUUAGCAUUUAGUGUAUCCUGAUAGGCUAAAUGGCAUUUGUUUGUAUUUUUAAAGACACAGCUCUUGCAUCUACUGCUUUCAAACACUGCAGCCAGUGACUGAUGGCUUCCUUCUUGUAUGUGAAGUUGUACGUUGUGAAAGCUAAAACAGAACAUAUUUUAUUAAAAUCAAAACCUGUAAGUAAUAGAAGGUAAAGGUGUCUUUAGUAUUUAGUUGUUUAUCUUCCUUUGUUUACAGCUUUAGUUUACUGUUAACUACUUUAUGGAUAAUCCUUGUUCCUAGCAUUUGUGGAAAGAGAUGGAGCUAAGAGCUGUCACGUUUUCAUGAGAUAAGAACCGAAAGAUCUGAAACAGAGGGCAGAGUAAAAUCUUCUGCACUUAUGGAAAUAACACUUGUCGACAUCAUUUGUGAUGUCUUGUUUCUUGUUCUUCCAAAAUGUUGUGUGGCUAGAAAUGGCUCCUGUCAGUCAUCAGUAUAUAAGUUUGUAAUAGUUUUGAUAGCAGAUUGUAUUUACAUGAUGUAUUGCUUCUUCCCAGAUUUUACAGAAGGUACUGCAUGGGUGCAGUGAGAGCAUGCCAUGGACAAUGGCACUGACAGCUUGCCAGUUCAUGGAAGAACCAGGAAUGGCAGUGCAGAUGCGUGAAUCUAAACAUCUUUCUAACAGCAAUACCAAUUUUGAGGAUAAAGUUCACAUUCCUGGUGCUAUCUACCUCUCAAUCAAAUUUGACUCUCAGUGUAAUACAGAAGAGGGCUGUGAUGAGUUGCUCAUGUCCAGCAGCAGUGAUUUCCAGCAGGAUCGACACAGCUUCAGUGGGUCUCCACAGAAGUGGAAUAAUUUUGAACUUCCAGGUGACACGCUCUAUUACAGAUUUACUUCUGACAUGAGUAACACUGAGUGGGGUUAUAAGUUUACAGUGACAGCAGGUCAUCUUGGAAGGUUUCAGACAGGGUUUGAAAUUCUAAAGCAGAUGCUGUCUGAGGAAAGGGUAGUUCCUCACCUCCCACUGGCCAAAAUCUGGGAAUGGCAGGUUGGGGUAGCGUGCCGUCAGACCGGCCACCAGCGUUUGAAGGCUAUCCACUUGCUCUUGAAGAUAGUGCAGUGCAGUGCCCAGAGGGACUGUGACCUUACCUUAUUGAAGCCACUUUGGCAGCUUUUUACCCAUAUGGAAAACAACUUGUGUCAUGACAUGGCCAAGCCUGGGAUUCUUCUUCCUCUUCAUCGCGCACUUGCAGAACUCUUCUUUGUUACAGAAAACAGAGUUACUGAGCUUGGAUCUAUACAGGAGUAUCUGCUUGCCUUAAAUACUGAAGAUCAUCUUCAUCGCUGCACAGCACAGGCCCUGAAAAACAUUGCUGCUAUCAGCCUUGCCAUUAACUAUCCAAACAAAUCAACAAGUUUCUGGAAUGUUUAAUACUGGCUCAGGCCGGAGUGCAUGGGAUAGAGUAGUUUGUCCAUAGGACAUUGGAACGAACAUCUUAACUCCGUUCAGGAAAAGUUCCUUCAGCUUCAGUGUAUGAGCACUCUGCAGCCUGCCUUCCUUCCUUCCUUCCUUCCACCUUGAUGUAGAAUUUGUAAAAGUAAAAGCGCACUUCAAUGAAAAAGCACAUCUUGAAGUAACUCACGCGUCGCCUACAGUUAUGUAUGCACAUAUUGUAGCAUGUUAGAGUAAACUGAACAAUACUUUUUUUUUACCCAGAGGAAGUAAAUGGAAGAAGGUAGCUGAGAAUGGAAGGCCCCUGCAUUGGUAUCAUCUGCUCCCAGGGAAACUUGAUUGAUGGAAAUGACUCGGAGUGAUGGCAUCGACAGUGUCUGUUGUAUGUAGUUGAAUUGAGAUAGGCAAACCAUAAUCUGGUGGGCUGAUGCAGAAAUGGUCCACACUUGAAUCCUGUCAUGUUUGCUUUUGCUUUGAAGGCUACUACCCAAGAAAAAAGAUUUUAAUUCUUGCUAAACUACAGGUUGUAAAACAAAUUCUGGUGAUUCACAUAGCAAAGGAUUCCAGUUUCAGAGCAUCCUUGUGCGAGAAGUUUGUUUCUCAUGUUCUUUGAUUUGAUCAGCUGGAUCAUCUAUUCUUACCUUAUCUCCAGCGUGGUGUUCUAAGUAGUAUAUCAUUCUAGUGUGGAGAGCAAAGGCUAGCCUCCAUUCACAGAGCAGUGAUAAUAGGAAGAACUGAGGAACUUACAUGUUUCUCAAAGAUCACAACUUUACAAGAAAUUGUUAAUGAAGCUUUUUUUCUUCCAAUUAUUUCAAUACUAGUGGCUUGGGAGGUCCUUCUUGGCAAUGCUGGGAACCCAGACUCCCAGCACUCAGGGUGGGGGUUAAUGAUCAAUCAAGUCUUACCAUACAGAGCAAUAACUGCAUUACUCCUAGUGAACAUGGAAUCAAUUGCAGACCUUCUGUGCUGAAAUAAAUUGGCUUUCUUCCUGCUCAACUAUGCUGGUUAUUCCCUUUCCAAAGAAUUAUAAAGAACAAAAAAGCAUUUUGGGGUGCAUUUUAUAUACCAUUAGACAGUAUGGUCUUGUCAGGUAUGAAUGCAGAGAAAUUUAUGCUAAAUUUUUUCUUCUUCCCUUCAUCAACAUCAGGAUAUGGAAGAAAGGGACCCAAAAGCUUCAGUAAUAACUGAAUACAGGUUGUAUAAAGGCAGUGGCUCUCUCAGAAAGGAGUAUGCUUGCCCAAGGACCUCACUUGUCCAAAAGGGGAGGGGUGCCUAGAUGUCAAUGUGCAAUGUGUACAGGAGCACUGCAUUGGGGGAUGACCUCUGAAUUGAUGGUCUUACUUGCUGGGGCUGGAAUUUUAAGGGUGGUCCAAUCUUCCCCUGAGAGGGAAAUGUACAGUAAUAUAUCCCCUUUUCUUGGAUGGCAUCUAGUGCUGUAGUUAGAGAUGAUUUGAAUUCUGUUCAGGCAGGUGAGUGCAAAGUGAACAUUGCUUCAGAUCAGCUUGAACCAGAAUGUUAUUAUUCUGCCUGAAAGACUUAAAGCUGACAACCAAGCAGCACUAUGCUGAAGCCAUUGCCUUCAGGAGCGGAGUGGCCCUCUUAGCAAAUGAGAAUGCCAGAAUUCAGGGAAAAUGUACCAUUUAUCAAAGUCUGAAAGGAGGCAGAGAGAUACUGCUCUGAACCCCCUCCUCGAGUAUAAUUGAAGGUUAAAGCCCUCCUUCCUUCCUGAAUGAGAUCGUGAUGGGAAGGGACUUAAUCAGAGUUGGGGCACACCUUUAACACAUGGUUCAUUUUGCUCCCACAUCUGAGUAACGUAUUGGAGUUUGCAAUCUCACUGCAGGGCUGUCUGAGAGAUCUCUGAGGAGCAACUGUUCCCACAGUUCCUAACAGCGUGAGCAGAUUCUGGGAUCAGGGAGUUGCUCCACCAAAAUGAGACGCUCUUUAGUCUCCUUCAGGGAGUCAAACUGAUGGGCAGGUGAGCAUUUUGAAAUUGCUCUUCUGGAGCAGUAGGACUUCUGUUCACUGCCUCAGUGUGAAUCCAUGGCUACGUGGUCAGGGAUAUGCAAUGGGCUGAUUUGCUAAGGCAUGUAGCAUGCUGCUGAGAUCUGCCUGUGUUAGUCAGAGAAGGCUUUUUUGUUUUUUUCACAUCAGGGAUGAAGACUGUAAAUAAACCCUUCACAGAACCUCUCAUGGCUCUAGCAUAGUCACUUUCUUUUCCCCAGUAGACUGUCUUUUUGCUCUCUGUUUAAAGACAUGAGGCUGCGAGAAUGACACAGGAAUGGCCAGUGUUCCCUACUUAGGUGUACCACUGUAACUUACUCUACCAGCAGUAACUGGCCCCAUGAGUCAGUCGCCUUGCCCUAAAGGGACUGUCUAGGAACAGUGUCCACUACCUAUAAUCUCUACCCACUAGAUGGAACUGAAGAACUGCGACCUGAGUUGACACUGAAUCUGUUGCUGCCUUACAACUCAUUCAUUAUGGAUUUUUUAAGAGUCAAGAAACACUGAUUAUUAAUACUUUUUUUUUCCUUCUGAUAGUUAUAAAGAAAGGAAGCAAAUACCAAUAGUGAAUAUUCAUGGUCAAUCAUAUUUUGAGAAUCCUGCAGCGGUUCUAGUGGAUGUGGAUGAUACUAUUGAGUAGUAUAAAACUGUCUGGGAAAAACAGGUAUGCAGAAAAAAUGUGCCUAAUAUAACAAAAACAGAAGUUGUCCUGCCUGAAUCACCUGAUGAUGUGUUUAAGUCAAACCAUAUUGUUCCUAAUAAUACAUUUGACUUGCUUUCAUUAAACACUUAACAAAGAGAAUUUUAUAAUUUCUUUUCUUACGGGUUUAAUACUUUGCAAUUUUUAUCAGUUGUUUAAAAUAUAUCAGGCCUUUAGAUUUCUUCCAGUUCAGUUCAACAUGUAAAAAGAAAGCUACAGAUGUGGGUAAAAUAUGCAAAUGAAGAGAAAUAUAUUGUAAAAAUUCUAUAAAAACAAAAACAUACAACACAA